AUGGCUGAACCGUCUAGUAGUUUCGUGACGCCUUCGGGAUGGUUUCCACCCCCCGAAUUGACUCCCACUUUGGGGCCUUUGAGUGACACUGCCCCGAUGCCGGAGAACUGGAUGCUCUGGGCCAUGAUGCCGCCACCGCCGCCGCCACCGCCACCUCCUUCGGGGUCUCUUCCCACCGCCAGAUCUGAGCCUUCCUCCGAGGCGCAGUCCCGCCACGAGCCCCAGGCACUCCCUGGGGCGCCGCCCCCCUUCGACGCCUUGCUACUUCCCGGAGCGCAACCCCCUUUCGACGCCCAGUCUCCUCUUGAUUCUCAGCCUCAACUCAACGUCCAGCCUUCCUGGAAUUACCAGAAUCCGGCAUCGUGGUACUGGAGACAGUCCCCUGAUAAUUUUCCUCAGCAUCAGAAUCCCCACAACCCUCCAGCUAAGCGUCCUUUUUUUCCACGAAAACAUGAUGCAAACUUCAAUGAUUUCAACUUCCCUCCCAAUAAGAAACAGAAAAAAAAGAAAAGAAAGGAACCUGUUUUUCACUAUUUUUGUGACACCUGUGACCGUGGUUUUAAAAAUCAAGAAAAGUAUGAUAAACACAUGUCUGAACACACAAAAUGUCCUGAAGUAGAUUGUUCUUUUACUGCACAUGAGAAGAUUGUCCAGUUCCAUUGGAAAAAUAUGCAUGCUCCUGGUAUGAAGAAAAUCAAGUUAGACACGCCAGAGGAGAUCGCAAGAUGGAGGGAAGAAAGAAGAAAAAACUACCCAACGCUGGCCAAUAUUGAAAGAAAGAACAAGUUAAAACUUGAAAAGGAGAAGAGAGGUGCAGUGCUGAUAACAACACAGUACGGAAAGAUGAGGGGAAUGUCCAGACAUUCACAGGUGGCAGAGGUCAGAAGCCCUGGCAAACAUCACAGGUGGAAAAAUGUGAGAGGUGGACAUAAAACAGCCACUGAAUCAAGCAGUUCCUCGUGCAAGUCAAAAUCUGAAGGUCCACUUGAGGCAAAUGCUGAUCCCCUGGGGAUUUUGGCAAACAAUGAUUCUGAGUCUGAUAAGGAAGACAAACCACACAGUACUGUCAUACCCAAAGAAGUGACCCCAGCCCUGUGUUCACUGAUGAACAGCUAUGGUAGUCUCUCAGGGUCCGAGAGUGAGCCUGAAGAAACUCCUAUAAAGAAGGAGGAAGAUUUUACAGAAAACCAUGUCCUUGGCUGUACUCUUGAGAGUCCUAGUCAGCCUGUUACAGUACCUGUUACGGAAGCCAAACCUAGUCAGCCUGUUACAGAAGCCAAACCUAAGAGCCCAAGGAAAAGUUUUAACAAGACACAUCCUAAGCAGAAAAAACAUCACAACUAUCAGACAUUAUUUCAACCAAGAACACACCAUCCAAAUCUUCUGGAAAUGCUUUUGGCUCCAGACAUCAGACAUGAAAGAAAUGUGAUUUUGCAGUGUGUUCGGUACAUCAUCAAAAAAGACUUUUUUGGACUUAACACCGAUUCUGUGAAAACUGAGGAUAGAUUAAUGUCUGAUGUGUCAGCAUGCAUAACUGAAGCUGUAAAAUAG